UUUCAGAUGAAUCGCAGCAAAAGUGUGGGUCGUCGAGAUGCAAAACCACGGGGUGAUCGACGGCAGAAUAAGGUUACGGUUGCAGUUUUGGGAGCAGAAAGAGUUGGUAAAUCAGCGAUGGUUUCACAAUUUUUAUGGCAUAAAUUUGUGGAGGACUAUCGUCCAACUGUCGAAGAAUUUAAUUGGAUUGAAUAUGAAAUUGAAGAAGGAAGAGUUUUAAUGGUUCAGAUUAUCGACUCAAGCGGGUCGCGUGAUUUUAUUGGAAUGAAAAACUUGUAUAUUGGUACUGCUGAUGCUUUUCUUGUUGUAUUUGCAGCGGACGAUGCUUCUUCACUGGAAGAAGCAUUAUCGACACUGUCAGAUAUUCAUGCAAGGAGAGGGAAUAGUGUACCUGUGCUUCUGGUAGCCAAUAAAACCGACAAACCAUGUCUUUCAUGCUGUGCCUCAAAAUCUAAUAUGGAAUGCUGUGCAUUGAGGGAAGAAGAAGUCAGAGCGUGUUUUCAUGAAAUAUUACUCCGAACGAGACCUAAUUUGAACAUUCAAGGAUUUGAGUUGAGGAAACGACGUCAAUCAAUGCCGUCAAGUCGAGGUUACAGUGGCGUCGAACCGAAAGAUAUUGAGAAAAUAAAAAGUGCGAGGAGACAACAGAAGGAACAUUGUAUAAUUAGUUAAACGGACUUUAAUUUGUUUUUCAUAAAGUUUUUUAUUCGA